CGAACAGUGACCCGGGAGCGUUGCCUCGAACCUGAAGGUAACGGCGAACCGCAGAACACGCCUGAAAUCGACAGGACCUGCAGUCGUGACCAACUUGCGCCCCAGAGAUGCGCAGCUACAACGAUAGGCAGAAGCUCCAUAAACGCGAUGGAUUGUGGGGAAGGCAGAAACGGCCAGGAACCGAAACACCAGUGGGAACGCCACAUCGCUCCAAAACCGAUGGACCCUGCUGCGUCAGACGCGCCGAAGAAGUCGGUAAGCUGGGAUACGCCAGGCGACAAAAAGAAGCUGAUGCCAUUCCAAUCACGAAAGAAAGCGAGGUACCAGUGGACAUCCCAACGAAAAUCGACGUUAAGGCGAAUUGGGUGCGAGCGAUUGCGAAAAUGAGCCAGAUGAUCAAUCAUACGGCGCAAAAACGUUCGCCCAGGACGCACAACUUUGCACGCGUGGUGGAGGUAGCCAGUCAAGGACUCUAAGUCCUGACGGUGACAAGUACGCUUGUUGGACCAAGACUGGAGGAGUGACAUGGAACGGUUGAAUUUUUCGGCUGGCAACCUAGCAAUGUGAGUGACCGAGUCAAGAACAAUACCGAAGAACACCAAGCAGGUUGCGGGGCCCUCGAAUUCUCAUGGUGAAGAGAGAGACCCAAGUGGUUGAAGACGGUAACGAAGUGUCGAUGUGGGCUUGGCACACGGGAGGCGACAGGGGACCCAAAGUUAAAAAAUCAUCGAGGUAGUGGAACAACGGGUGAACGUGGUAGUUGUUGAAAGAAUCCAAUGAACAACGGACGCCACAGCAUCAAAAAGGAAUUGAGGAGACCUGAGGCCAACAGGUAGCACCAAGUCCACAUAGAAAGAGUCUCGCCAGUACAUGCCUAACAGAUGUCGGUCGGAGACGUUGAUCGGAAUGUUACGGUAGGCAGCCUGCACGUCGAACUUGGCCAUUAGGGCCCCGGGGCCAAUGACAACGAGGGAUCUGAUAGCGUCGUCAACGGAAAUGUAUCGCAUAGAGAAGGGAUCCUGAGGUAAACCAUCGUUAACGCUUGCUCCUUGGGGAGAGGAAAAGGUCAGGGAUGAGGCGCCACUUCCCAGGUUGAUGACGUUUCGGAAUAACCCCAAACGGACUGGUUUGAGAGAGGGCAGUGGGGGGCGGGGGUACGGGUAAGGACCAGCCACCCGGCGUUGAGCGACUUCCGUCGAGAGAUAUUUGUCGAUGACGUCCGGGUGUUGAGACGCCGACGUGAGACUGCGGAGCGACGGACGAAGGACCACACGCUCUGGAACGAAACCCACACGGAAACCAUCGCGAAUGCCCGCCAGCACAUACUCCUUGCGGGGACUAGGAUACUCCCUGAGCUCGUGCACAAAGGCUUCGAAAUUGCGAGGGCAAAUAGAGCCGAUCGUGAACGAGGAUAAGGGGAGUGGGGUAGGUCCUAGAAAAAGAUCAAGGAGGAGAGAUACGUAGCCCCACCCCCGGACCGAAAAAAAAACAAAAAAAAAAACCCCAAAAAAACUCCAGCACAAACGAGUUAGAAUACAAUUUUUAUUGGCUAAUGAUAGACUAAAGAGACUAGACUACAAAAUGUAGGUAUGUAUGUAUUGGCUUAACCACACGACAAUUCUAUCAGUCCAGAAAAAAACAAUGAUGCCGACGAGCGAAGCUCACGAACAACACGACCGACGGCACGCUGAAUAAAUAUCAUACAGCCGAGAAUCGACAACGUAACAGAAAAAGUAACAAUAUCAACGUUUUGAAAAAAAAGGAGACGCGCUUACGAUGUCCUCUGUGUGUGACUGGGUCGUUCCCGCAGGGACGUUAAAAGGCCAAAAAUACGUCUAUGCGACCCCCCACAUGCCAAACGAUCACAAGCAUGACAAUAUCGACACUGCCUGCCAAAGGCAGUGCAACGCUCACUGUUCCAGGACCUGCAAAAAAGGACGACGAAGGGGGACUGGAACCCGCAUGCUGAACGCGACACAGGGGAACGCGGAACACGAACCGCGGCGGUGUGGAUGUUAAAUAGCUCCACGUUCAUGUUUGACCGAUCAGACAAACCCGGGGCGGCGGCGUCGCGGCGAAAAGCCUCGUCGUAAUUGCGCCAGGCAUCACCUCCGAAUUGCGAAUACGUUCGCAGAAUCAGCAGUUCGUACAAAAGCAAGUCACGAGCACGGUGGGGGAACCAGGUAACGAGAACGAGGGAGAAUAUGGAAAUCAUCGGUAAUAUGUUAUCGAAUGG